GUAACAACCAUGUCAGAUGCACACCAGAGUUUUGGUACAAUGCCAUACCAGUGUGGCGACCUAUCGACUGACCCACCCGUUAAACCGUUACCAGGAUAGACUGCUACAGUAAAUUCCAAUGCACCUUAUUUUAAUUAGUAGAACCGGAUGUGAAAAUUAUCAACUAGCCGUCUUAGCUCAGCCGGUAGAGCGCGUGGCUUUUAACCACGUGGUCGUGGGUUCGAUUCCCACAGACGGCGUAUGUCUCUAUUUUUAUUAUUUUUGUUUAAUUGUUGUUUAUACCGAGCGGGCUUCAGCCCAAUUUCCCUUGCAUUUUUCUUUCUAACAAUAUGAAAUUUUCAGGCCCGGCCCGAAACAAGGUAAAGUGGACGAAGUGAACUGAGAGGGAAGGAGCCACUUCACUCCUCCGAAUUCUUUUCUUCGUUCUCCCCCUCUGCAACUUGUCUUUAAACCCCUAAUUCCUGGUUGAGCUCCAUCUCCACACUCUCCUCUUCUCUCUUUUCCUCCUUGUCUAAGUGGCCCGUUUCUUGCUCUCCGGAAGCUCCGGCUCUCAGUUUCAGACGCCAGCCGUGCGCAUAACAGGUACUUCCGGCCUUUUAUCAUCAUCCUCUGCUUCUUGAUUUUCUGCAACUUACUCACUCCAGGUAUCUCUCAGUAGACUGUAUUCAUUUCUUCGAAUAAGUUCAGACACUGGACGCGAGUGGCCUUCAUAGUUCCAUUUCCAUUUUAGUGCGCUCGCUCGCUGGUUAGCUUCGUCUUUGUCUCUAACUUCAACAGUUUUCUGUUUUUCAUUACUGACAGCGGCGGGUUGAGUUUUGUGAGUUUUCUGUAAAUUCAACGAGGCUAGUUCAUGGAGUUGGUUCUGAAGGAUGUUAUGGCCUUUUAGAGUCAUGAGUUGGAGGUCGUCUCUGAGAUGAUUGGGGCUCGCUCUUGACACUGUUUUUAUAUGAAUAUAAUGGCCAAAUCCCUCUCCUUCCCAGCUUACCAAUUCCAACCUCUAAUUAACCCUCGAUACUGGCCUCUCCUGCAACGUCAACUCCUUUAUCCCUACAAAUACCCUCCGUCCCAUCUUCAUCGUUCACGUUUAAUCCUGAGGAACCAUUUCCCGCCCCAAUGUCAAAACCCUAGCAACCCAUCUUCACCGUCAUCCACGCCUGCCCACCAGGAAGAAGAAGAACAACAUUUGGAGCAACUUAAAGAAACCCGGGAAGCACUUUCUUUGUUUCUACAAGAGUUUGGUGUUUCCCCUGAGGAUUCUGUGUUCAUUGCUUCCAACGCCCCCAAGUAUGCUAAUAUGUUGGUGGAUAGUGUGAGGGAUUUGGAGGAAUGGAGUGCGUGGAAGAGUGGUGAUGCUGGGGGAGAGGAGUUUGGGGAGUUGAAAGGUUUCAGGGAGAAGGUCGUUCAUAUGGCCAAGGUGAAAGGUGAUAAUGGGAAGGUUGCCUUCUUGGAGAGUAUUGGCUUGAAUUUGUCCUCUGCAAUGAAUGUUGCUCGGUACCUAUCGAAAGAAUCACUUCCUGGGUUAAUUGAUAAGGUUAAGUAUAUGAAGGAUAUUUUCUUUACUAAUGGUGAUGAUAGGAUACUUUUCGGGAAGAAAGCUCGACGAAUGAUGAUGCACUUAUCAAUUCCCAUCGAUGAAGAUUUGCAGCAAACUUUGUCCUUCUUUGAAAAGAUUGAAGCAAGGCGUGGAGGUCUGGAUAUGUUGGGUUUCUCAGAUGCCUCUUUCCGGUAUUUGGUUGAAUCAUUUCCUCGCAUUCUCUCAUUGCCAAUAGAUUCACACCUAAAGCCUAUGGUGCAAUUUCUAGAAAGUAUUGGAAUUUCCUCGAACCGUAUGGGAAACAUAUUCUUACUGUUCCCACCAACUAUCCUUUGGGGUGCCAAGGGCAUUAGAAGCAGAGUUAAAGCUUUUAGAAAUGUGGAAACUGUCGAUAAGAGCAUUGGUAAAGUACUGGUAAAAUGUCCAUGGGUUCUUUCUUCAGGCAUGAUAGAAAAUUACCGGGAGAUCCUUUCCUUCUUUGAUUUGGAGAAGGUUCCGCGAGGGAGUGUGGAGAGAGCAAUUCAAAGCUGGCCUCACAUCUUGGGAUGUUCACCUGGAAAGCUGAAGGUCAUGGUGGAACAGUUUGGUGAUUUGGGUGUUAGAGACAAGAAGUUGGGUCAAGUUAUCGCAACCAGUCCUCAACUACUACUAAGGAAACCUAGUGAGUUUGUCCAAGUAGUUACAUUUUUGAAGGACCUUGGAUUCACCCAGGAUGAUGUCGGAAUGCUUCUCAGUCGGUGUCCAGAGAUUUUUGCUGCAAGCAUUGACAACACUCUGAGGAAAAAAAUCAAAUCUCUGGCUUCUAUUGGCAUUCACGAAGAGCAUCUUCCUCGAGUCAUAAAAAAGUACCCGGAGGUCCUUGUAUCUGAUUUCAACUCAACUUUACUCCCUCGGAUGAAGUACUUGAUGGAGAUUGGAAUAUCUAAGAGAGACGUGGCGUUCAUGGUCCGAAGGUUCUCUCCGCUUCUGGGAUACAGCAUUGAUAAGGUUCUGAGACCCAAAUACGAGUUCCUAGUUCAGACCAUGGAGAAACCAGUGAGAGACGUGGUUGAAUACCCGCGGUACUUCAGCCAUUCAUUGGAGAAGAAAAUAAAACCCAGGUUCUUGGUGCUGAAACGAAGGAACAUAGAAUGUAGCUUGAAAGACAUGCUUGCUAAAAAUGACGAGGAAUUCAACUCGGUGUUCGUCCAUUCUGUAGAAAGGAUGCCUGUUAAGGAUUCUCCGAGUGCAGAUUAGGGAAUAUGUACAUACGGACAAAUUUUGAUCUAGAAGAAUGGCUAGCCUUCUUAGUCUCUCUGGUCAUUUCAAUGCUGAUCGGGGUUAGCUGAGAUCUUCAGUUCAUUGCUUCGUAACUGAUUACAUUCUCUACUGUGGCAACAACUCCAUUUUCCCGAGUUCCACUCCUGGUUGGUUUGGACAUAUGGAAAUAGCUUUCACUUCGUCAGAAGAAACAAAAUGGCUAAUAGGCU